GUGGCGAGGGCGGAUCGUGUGACGUAGAGUCGAGGCUUUGGCUGUUUAUUGUUCCUUCCUCAGCACGAACGGAGAAAAAACAGGCUGACAAGCUGCCCGCUUGCCUCUUCACACGGUUCACGGUCGGUUUGACGAGAGCGCAGCGGUCGACACCACUGACUGUACCAAGCAGGGGCCAUGGCGUACGCGUACCUCUUCAAAUACAUCAUCAUCGGAGACACGGGUGUUGGGAAGUCAUGUCUAUUACUACAGUUCACGGACAAGAGGUUUCAACCAGUUCACGACCUCACCAUUGGUGUGGAGUUUGGAGCGAGGAUGAUCACUAUAGAUGGCAAACAGAUCAAACUGCAGAUCUGGGAUACGGCUGGUCAGGAGUCGUUCCGGUCCAUCACCAGGUCUUACUACAGAGGAGCUGCAGGAGCGCUGCUUGUCUAUGACAUCACAAGAAGGGACACCUUCAACCACUUGACGACCUGGUUAGAGGAUGCUCGCCAACAUUCCAACUCAAAUAUGGUUAUCAUGCUCAUUGGCAACAAGAGCGACCUGGAGUCGAGGAGAGAGGUGAAGAAAGAAGAAGGUGAAGCAUUUGCCAGAGAACACGGCCUCAUAUUCAUGGAGACCUCAGCCAAGACUGCCUCUAAUGUAGAGGAGGCUUUCAUCAACACAGCCAAGGAGAUCUAUGAGAAGAUCCAGGAAGGGGUGUUUGAUAUCAACAAUGAGGCUAAUGGUAUUAAAAUUGGACCCCAGCACCCUACCACCAACUCCACACUGUCUGGUAGCCAGGGAGGUCAACAGGCUGGAGGGGGCUGCUGCUGAACCCCCAAUACACACCUCUCCUCCUCCUCCUAUCCCAACCCUUCCUCCUCCUCUGCCCCUUCCCUGCGUUUCUGCAGAACUGUCCAGGCUCUCUAACAGUUGGUUAAACUCUCUCUUCAUCUCCAUUGGUUCAUCCAUCCAUCCAUCCCCCCCUCUCUGUCUUUUUCUCUCGUUUUUCAGCCAUGUCUUUCCCAAGUCUCUUGACAAUACCUUAAGGGUCUAAGAGGCUGCAUUCUCAUAAAUCAGCCUGACUUCCUACAAUCUUAUGAGGAUAGUCAGCUUCACCUACAGAUAUAGCGACCAAAUUCUGAAGUUUAGCAGUUCACCUUUUUUUUUUGGCUACAUAAACAGGUUUUAAUCAUUUUUAUUUAAAAAAAAAACAUCCAUGCAUCUUAAUUCAUGAUGGAGUUGGGCUAGUUUAGUACCUCAGAAUCAUAAUACAAAAUAAAAAUAAACUAUAUUUUCAGUAACAGUGAGUUGACUUUGUCCCGAUAGAGACAGGAUUGUGGGUAGAGAUUUAUCACACUCUUAACAACUGACUGUAUGGAAUAAACCAUGUGCUGUGUUGUGUCUGUACACGUUUGUACAUGUUUUUAAAGAAAAUUACACAGCACGUUGACAGCAGGACAUGUUUCUGCAUGUUGACUCAGAUUUCAUGCUGUGCCUGUGUGUACAGGGAUGAUAUGGAUAUUCCAGUAUGUCAGUCUGUAAGAUGUAGGAGGCAUUCACGUCACUCUGUAUAAUUUGUCCAUGGAAGAAAAAAAAUGUGCAAAUUAUGUCAUUUGGAUGUUCUUUCUCUAUUUUUCCUCAUGUUAUUUUGUCCUCUCUCUGUCUUUGUGUCCGUUCUGUUGACUUGCUAAUGAUUUGUAUUUAAUGAACACUACAAACUGUUUGUGGCUUAAAAAGUGUUUUAAAUUGUCAGAGGAGGGAAUAAAAGACCAAACCAUUGA